AUGGCGUUUUCAUCAUCUAAAAGAACGUGUUCUACCGGAGAUGGUUGCAAACAAGCAGCAAUCACCACUUGCGAUGGAUGUUCACAAGCAUUUUGUUCUAAACAUUUUACUGAUCAUCGUAAUCUACUCAAUGAUGAAAUGAAUAAAAUAAUUACUGAACAUGAUGUUCUGAAAAAUUCACUUACUCAACAAAUCAAAAAUCCAACUUAUCAUCCACUUAUUAAACAAGUCAAUGACUGGGAAACUCAAUCAAUCUUCAAAAUUCAACAACGAGCAAAAGAAUUACGACAAGAAUUAUCAAACUUGACGAAAAAUGAGACAAAUGAUUUUUCACAGAAAUUACAAUAUCUAGCAACAGAAAUAAAUGAAUGUCGUGAACAUGGCGAUUUUCUUGAGCUAGAUCUUUGUCGUUGGAAAGAAACACUUGAAAAUCUCAAAUUGAAUAUUUUUUCUUCAUCAGUAAUAACCAUUAAGUCAGUGAAUAAAAACCCAUUAAUUCAGAAUCCAGCUGUCAAUAUAAUGAAGAAGCCAACAAACGAAUUAUUCGAACGAGUAUCUGACAAUCUUGUGCAGUGUCAAGAGAACGGCCGUAUGGUUGUUCACGUUGGCUCUUGUCUACACGUGGAAGCUCGUGGCAAGAAUGAAUACAGUUCAGGGAUUCAUAAAAUUCGGCUAUGUAUUGAAGAACUACGAGGAGAAUGGCUUUUUGUUGGAAUCAAUACUAAAUCAACUCCUCUUCAAAAUCAAGCUUAUAUGACAAGGUCAGUAUAUGGAUGGAGCAGCAAUAAUUAUAGCUGGUCAAAUGGAAAAGCUAACGCAAUAUCUUCAAAAUGUCCCAUUGAGAUGAAAAGAAAUGAUGUUAUUAAUUUAAUAAUGGAUUGUGACAAUUUCAGAAUAUCCCUGAUCAACGAACGUACAAAAGCAAGACACGAGUUAACCGUUGAUAUCAAUUAUUGCGCUUUUCCUUGGCAACUCGACGUCAUUUUGUAUGGAAAAGAUUCUUGCAUAUGCAUUUUGCCACAUGAGCUUAAAUCUUGA